AUGCCUCGCAGACUAAACAACAGAGUUUCUCCAGAAGAUCGUAGGCAUACCAUUGAAAAGUAUAUCGCCAAUGAAGACUUCCCGUCAAUGGCACAUGACCUGGGCAUAAAGAGAACCACGGCCUACACAAUCAUUACGCAUUAUCAGAGGAGAGGUUCAUAUCAAACUCAUCAUGGAGGAGGUCGCAGAUUAUCAAUAGAUAAUGAAUCUAUUGAUUUCCUAGUAUCUAUGAUCGAGGCUGAACCAACAAUACCAAUCAAGAAUCUGAAUGAGAUUUUACGCGAAGUAUUUCCAAGGAAGCAGCGUGUAUCUGAUGUCACUGUGUCACGAGCACCGCAAGGUGAAUUAAUAACUCUGAAGCUUUGUCAAAACAUAGAGCAAGAUAGAAAUUUUCCAAAAGUGAAAGAAGCUAGGUCAGUAUUUGCUCAUUUGUACGAAUCUGGCCUACAAAAGCAUCGCAUAUAUUUGGAUGAGAGUGGAUAUAAUCUCUACACCAAACAUACGUAUGGACGGGCACCAAGAGGCGAACGAGUACAUAGGACUGUCGGAGGCCAACUUGGAGGUAAUAUCACCCUCAUUGCUGCAAUCUCAGAUCAAGAUGAAUUAGUGUACCAUGAGAUUCAUACAAGCACUGUGAACAUGGACAGAUUUAAAGACUACUUUACCUCACUAAAUGCAAUUCUAGGAGAGGAGGAUUGUAUCAUCUUCAUGGACAACGCUCCUUGCCAUAAUAACAUUUCAGACAUUUUUCCCAAGAGAGUGAUACGAUACCUGCCCCCUUAUUCCCCAUUUCUAAACCCAAUAGAAACCUGCUUCUCUGUAAUCAAGGUGCUUCUAAAAAAUACUCUAAAUAGCAUUGUGGACAGAAGUGAUGUAACUGUGGCGCGUCAAGCAGGAAGUAGGAACAACACCACGAGCAUACAGGGAACGGCUGCUCAUCCAGUCUAUGGAAAGCUCACUACAGGUUGUGACACCUCAGCUUAUUUCAUCUGA